AUGGCCGAUAACGUCGAUCUGAUGGUCAACCAGACGACAGAACUGCUGAAGGAGUUUAAAUCGAACCUCUCUCCGUGCAUCUACUCGGUGAAGGCGCUGCUGGAGAAGAUGAAAAACAACGAGUUGCCCACUGAAAAUGGCAUUUCAUUAUUUGAUAUGAAAAACAAAAUGUUCCUCAGCUAUCUGGUGGACCUAACUGAUGUGCUCUUCACUAAACUUCGUGGUGAGAGUAUUGCCGAAAGAACUGGCACCCUUGAGAGGCUGGUGGAGGAGCGAACUGUCUUGGAGAAGAUCCGCCCGAUCGAACACAAACUGAAGUACCAGGUGGACAAAUUGAUGAAAGUGCUCAACACUGGAGCCAUCGACCAGAAUGAUCCAAUGAAUUUAAAGCCCAACUUUUCCAGUAUUGCUGAGGGAGAAGAUGGAGAGGAUGGUGGUGCUAUGAACUUGGAUGAUGUUGACGAAGACGAGUCUUCAGAUGUAAAAAACCUCGCGAUGACAGAUGCAAAAAAGUCUUCAAAUGGUGGUGUCUAUGUGCCACCGAGAUUGGCGCAGAUGAAAUUUGAAGAUGAACAUGACCGAAAAACUAAAGCGCUGGAGCACGCAAAGAAGCGGGCAAUGAACAGCUCCAUCAUCAAAGAGCUUCGACGCGAAUUUGACGAUGCUCCCGAAGAGGAAUACGGCUCCAUGCUGCACCAAAAGAGCGGCAUUGGCAAGUUUCUCAAAGAGAAGAAGCGUUUUGAGGAGGACAACUUCAUUCGUAUUAACCUCACUAAGAAGCAGAAGGCUGCCGCGCGAAAGAUGGCCACCAUCAACUCUAUCGCCGAUGAUGUUACCCGAUUCGAGGACAUCUCCGCGCUUGAUAUCAGCAAUCCAAAUGAUUUUGUUACGCAAAAGAGGAGAAAGCCAAAGACGCCAAAGAACAAAAAGAAGUCCAUCAAGCGGCGGAAGCAUUAG